UUGAAACUUCGUGCCGGCAUUUUUCAGUUAUCCGUUUUGGCCGCAGCAGUAGACUUCCAUGAAUCUGGAAAAACUCAAAAUUGUGUAAAUUUAAAUAAAAUCAUUAGUUGUUCAGAGGACAUUCCAGUCUUCCUUUGGUAAUCAUCAAUCUACAAGAUGCAUUUGAUGUGCGAGCGAUUGUCUGCCGUUUUUGCGGGCGUCUUAGUGGGUUUGUGGUACGGUAAGACCUUCUCCGAGGAGGAGAAGCCCAAGGAGAAGGGCAAGGACAAGAAGAAGUAGACCUACACUCGCAAAUCUAGCAGAAAUCAAUUCGAGCUUCCUAGGCGAGUCGGAAAAUAUCAAGCCAGCUUAACGGCAGCCCUGACAUAGCUCAGUGUUUAUUUGGCUUUCCAACCAGUACAUCAGACAGACAUUUGACGUGCACAAAAUUUAUACCGUGUUUGGGUUCUAUCCAAUAUCCAACAUCCAACAGCUAGCGACUCCAGUUUCGGUCUAAAUUGUGGCAAAUCCUGUCGAGCUCUCGCAGCCAUGCCCUGUUGUAAGCGUACCGAAGUCCGCAGGGUGUGCCGGCCAAUGCCGUCGCUCCUUGCCCGGCUCAACUGUACGCCGUGCAACCGCGUCCUGUUCUUCGUGAUCGGGGUGGGACUGGGCGUGCUCUUCGUGCGCAACAAGGACGACAAGUCGGGCGCCAAAAAGAACGAAGGCAAGGCCAAGAAGUAGGACUGAUCGAUCUGCCAUGCCCGGCGAUGCUGGCAAACAUUCAAGCCUGGCUGGCGUUAUCUAGUUUAACUUGGAUCCAUCACCCAUAAAGUACCCCCAUCGACUUGCAGCGUUAGCCAGGGAUGACAAAAUGCCAUUCGAUAAGUUUGUCCGCCGAAGAAUGGAAUGGAGAGGAAAUUUCUCAGUCGAUAAAUUUAUCUAAAGAGCAAUUUGUCAGUCGAACAAUUAACUGCCACUUUCUAUACGGAUUUAUUCGAUUGAUCUAUUCUCUAUUCCUCAGUUAAAAAAGCUAUAAAAUUGGUCCUGUAAAA